AUUCAAGAUGGCAAAAUCCCACUAAACGUGCUACCAACAUCGUGUUCUAGAAAUAUAUUUUUUUUAAAUAUCCCAGAAAUAAUAUGUCAUAAUUUCAGACAUGGAAAUGUUGUUUUAUUUAAAUAGAAAAUGAUUUAUAAAAGCUGACUGUUAAGCCUGUUCAAUUUAAAAAACACUGUGGACCCUCGUUAAGUUGCAUAAUCGCGACAGAUCUUGAACGUAGCAUCAUUGAGGCUGAAUCCCUCAGUGCAGCGCCAGUGAUACCAGUGAACCCUCAGCAAGAAAACUGCACUGCUGAAACUUCAUUAAAGAAGGAAGGAAAGACCGUCUUGGCAAAUUUUGGACGCAUGCUAUUUUUCAACCGAGAGCUGUCUUACAGAUUUCUUUUUGGACGACUUUGAUUGUUGUCGAAGGACUCUUGUGUAUCUCAUGACACGAAGACCUUUUGACUUGUGGAAGAUUUUUGUUUAGCUUUUGAGCUUGCAUAUCUAUGAAAUCAGAGCCAUACCUUAUAUCUGCUUUAAUCAGAAAGCCACAGAUAAUUAAAUGGGCGUCUUACAAAUGUGAUAUUAAAACAUAUAAAGAUAAAAACGGCAUUAUAAUGCAUCAUGCAGCAGCAUCUCUAUUUCACUAACCAAAACUGAAAAUGAAGGCAAUGUAACAUUGGGUUUUACUUCCUUCAUUGUCAUGUGACUUUGAACCUUUUGAGCAUUAUCUUUCUUCAAACUCAGACAGUCUUUCAUCAGUUUAAUGAGGUGAGCCGUAGUUCUCAGUGACCUCCAUUGCCAUUAAAAGACUGUCUCUGAACCUCUUUCUUUUCUGCAUGCGUUUCCGCAGAACUUAAAAUGAUUCGGUAAAAGGUGAGUCGACGUAAAAACAUACUGGCACGCAGUGUGGCAGGACAACACCUGUCUGUCUUCCCUCAUCUGGUGUCAAAGUGGAACUGCUACACAAUCUGCUCUCCAUGUUUGUCAGAUCGAUUCAUUUUGCCAUUCAGUAUAAAGUCCAAUCAGGUAUUGAGUCUUACUUCUGACAAUAAGAGCAAAUGGCACAAAUGAAUUGGUGAAGGAUUAAGUCUGCCUAGACAAUUACCUGGACUGGAAACAGUAGCACUUACAAUUCAUUAGCGACGUGACCUGCAAAGGAGCUGUUUGGGAAUCCGGUUCAAGAAGGAGUCGGUCCUUCAUAGGCCUCUGUGCUUCUGCUUUAAAAUCUACUUCCUGCUUUGCCAGUUCUCUGGAUCGCCAUUCAAGAUCAUUCCUGCAACCUUUUGACCCAUCUCCCAGUGUUUCACCCUGGACGAAGCGAUCUGCCUCUGGGGAAAGGGGCUGCGCUUUCCUGGAGGAGGUGGGGAGAGGGUUGUCGGUGUGCUGCUCCUCAUCUGUCAGUGCACACACUCUGUGAUCAGUGCCAACAGGCCUGAGGAACCGAGCCCAGCCGGACCGAGAGAGGAGGCAGAGGACUUCAGAGCCACAGACUCUGGGAUCCUGGCCAUGAGGUUUGAUGCCUCGAUCCACUGACCGGAAACACUGGACCUAAAUGGCGCAGCAUGACUUUGUCCCUGCCUGGCUUAACUUCUCCACGCCCCAGCCUGCCAAGUCCCCUGCUGCCAACCUUGAGAAACAAGGUGAGCCCCACCACCACAGAGACGGCAGAACCGCUGUAAGCCGCCGUCGCCACAACUCCUCUGAUGGCUUCUUUAACAACGGCUCCCUGCGUGCUCCAGCAGGUGAUGGAUGGCAGCAGCCCUCUCUGCUUCUGAGGCAUGACUCAGUGGACUCGGGGGUGGCCAAAGGAGGGCAUGGUGGGCUGGCAGGGGGCUCCUGUUGGAAGGAAACACCCAGCUGGCACGGAGCGCCGCGGGGUACCCAGGACGGCCACCACCACCACCAGGGACGCCACCCCAAACGGGUAGGAGUCGACAGGGACAGGCAGACGGGGCACCGGCAGCGCAAUGGUAACUUUCAUCCCCGCAAGGGCGCCUCGUACCAGGACAAGUUCCCCAAAGAGGAACGCAAAGACGGCAAGGACGAUAAGCUGAAGUUCGUGGAAGAGGACUUUCCUUCCCUCAACCCUGAAACAACUGGAAAGCCUGGGACUCAGAUGCGAGCAGUGGCUCCCCAUGCUGGAGUGUGGGAAAACCCCCCUAAUGGCAAACAGAUGGUGUCCAAAAUGCUGGUUAUCAAGAAGGUUUCCAAGGAGGACCCCAGCGCGGCCUUCUCUGCGGGGUUUGCCACUGCUGGCAACUUGUCCACCAACGGCAGCAAAGCUCCCAUUGCAGGCUCCAGCAUCUACAAGAACCUGGUCCCAAAGCCUGCUGUGGCCCCCACCAAAAGCACCCAGUGGAAAUCCGGUGGUAGAGAGAUCACGAAAUCUGGCCUUCACAUGCCAGGCCGAGAUUCAGUCUUCACCAGUCCCGUCUCUGCAGCCAAACCCAGCACCCCAGUCAGUGCACCACAGCACAACACCCCGAAAGAGCACCCUUCCAGCACGACUCCUCCCAUAGACAUUGCCCCGUCGAGGCUGAAGCUGAUGCGGCGUGGUCCGGACCGUAAGAGUGAGUUCCUGCGAGCUCUGAAGGACGAGGGCACCGGAGAGCUGACGACGAGCAGCAGCCCAGGAACAUCAGGAGAGUGUGUUGUCUUGCUGUGUGAAUAUUCUCAGGGUGAAAGCAGCACCCCAGAGCCCAAAGCCUACAGCGAGGAAGUCUGCCACGAGAAUGGUCUGUCCUACUCCCUCAGUGACUCGGACACCGACCACCUGUCCAGCUCCCUGGAGGCAGAGCACAGGUUGCUGAAGGCCAUGGGUUGGCAGGAGUACCCAGAAAAUGAUGACAACUUCCUGCCUCUGACGGAGGACGAGCUGCGAGAGUUCCAGACUAAAACCGAACAGCUGAAGAGGAACGGCAUGCAGAGGAAUGGGGCUCUCCCGAGGGCGCGGGGUGUCACCCUCCACUUCACCCCCUGGAGGAGUGUGGCGGAGGCGAACGUCGAGGAGGGCUCAGAGUCCGAAACCAGUAGCAGCAGCCAGACCUCUGACGACGACGACUGCAUCAAAUCCUAACGUGGCUUUAUGGAACAAAAAACAACAACAACACAACAUCCCAGCAAGCAACCCCCCUCUUUCUCUCUCAUCUUUGUUUUUAGAGCACCAUUUUGAAUUUCUUUUGUUUUGAUUUUUUUGUUGUCAUUCUUGCACAAGGGAAAAACCAAUCAUAUCCCAGUGAAGGGGGAGAUUCCUGCUCCGCCAGACGUCGUUUUCCCUGCGUUUCCUCCUUCACUGCAGUCCCUGCCCUCUUUGACCCCUCUCCCCCUCCUUCCUUUUUCUUCGCUUUGUGGAACUGACGUGUUCAUCAAGAAAAGAAGGGCAAUGAAUGCACACUUGAUUCUGCUUUAAACAGACUAACUCAUUUCAUUGAUGAUGCUGAUGACACAUUAUUAAUGAUAUUAAUAAAAAUUGGUUCCUGACAAGCUGAUAUGUUUCAAUAUGAA